CAAACCCGAGAGGGGGCGCCCUGCACUCUCCCCCGGCGCGCGAGUCCCGCGCAGCGGGCUCUGCAGACUGGCCAGCGCGCAACGCCGCCCGGGGCGGGGGCCUGGCGUCCUCGGUUGUGGCGGUUGGGGACUCGGCCAGGAAGCCUGGGUACCAUCCCGGCUCCUCCUCCUCCGCCCCUGCCACCCCCGCGCGCUCGCGCGGAGCCGCAGGGCAGAGCCUCGCAGCCACCUCCAGACCAUCCCGGGAAGACUAGGAGAGCGCAGCCCGGGGCGGGAGCAGCCGGGAGCGCGCCCGCCCCUCGGACCUGCGUGUAAUCACCGCUUGCAGGCGCGGGCGGGGGCCUGGGCGGCCCUAACGACGGCUCAGCGGGAGCGGAGCGCGAAGCCCUGUGCGGCGCACCGCGGCUCCGUCCGAGGGGCGUCGAGCGAAGGUCCCUGAGCACCCACGGGUGUUCCCACCGGAGUCUCCCCCUCGCUUACCUCCUUGCCUCUGCCCGGUGUUCCCCCUGGGACUCGCUGGGGCUUCUGGUCCGGAGCGUCCUGGGCGGGUUCCCAGGAAGGCAGCGCCCGGCAAAGCGCCACGGGAGUGGCCGGCGGGCUUCCUGAGAGUCAGGCACCGCUUCCCCCGCGGCCAAGCUGCGGGCUCCACAGCCCCGGGCACUGAAACCCGCAGAGUCAGCGGCGCGAGGGCGGACUGCGGCGCCCGCACCCCUCUGAGGAGGGCGCCCUCCUCGCCACCACCGCGCGCAGAAGUUUUGGAGGCGGAGUACCGGGACCCCAACUUCUCCGGACAUGAAUCAAACCGCGGGCGUCUCCAACAGCGUCAGGUGUCCCCCGGGCAAAGGCUCCAAGGAGCUGGUGGGGAGCAACCCUCCGCAGAGGAACUGGAAAGGAAUCGCCAUCGCACUCCUGGUCAUCCUGGUCAUCUGUUCCCUCAUCGUCACCUCGGUCAUCCUGCUGACACCAGCGGAAGAUAACAGUGUGUCUCAGAAGAAGAAGGUCACCGUGGAGGAUCUCUUCAGUGACGAGUUCAAAGUGCACGACCCCGAGGCUAAGUGGAUCAGUGAUAAAGAAUUCAUCUACCGAGAACAGAAGGGAAGCGUGAUACUGCGGGAUGUUGAAACUAAUACGUCUACCGUGCUCAUAGAAGGCAAAAAAAUCGAAUCCUUAAGAGCCAUCAGAUACGAAAUAUCUCCAGAUAAAGAAUACGCACUUUUCUCCUAUAACGUGGAACCUAUACAUCAACACUCCUACACUGGAUAUUAUGUCCUGAGCAAAAUCCCUCACGGGGACCCUCAAAGCCUAGACCCCCCGGAGGUCAGCAACGCGAAGCUCCAGUACGCCGGGUGGGGGCCCAAGGGGCAGCAGCUGAUAUUCAUCUUUGAAAACAACAUCUACUACUGCGCCCACGUCGGGAAGCAGGCCAUCCGUGUGGUCUCCACGGGCAAGGAGGGCGUCAUUUACAACGGCCUCAGCGACUGGCUGUAUGAAGAGGAGAUCCUGAAAACCCACAUCGCGCACUGGUGGUCUCCGGACGGCACGCGACUCGCCUACGCCACCAUCAACGACUCCCGGGUGCCCAUCAUGGAGCUCCCGACCUACACAGGCGCCGUGUACCCCACCGUGAAGUCCUACCACUACCCCAAGGCUGGCUGUGAAAACCCCACCAUCUCCCUGCAUGUCAUCGGCUUAAAUGGACCCACCCACGACCUGGAGAUGAUGCCGCCCGACGACCCACGCAUGAGGGAAUACUACAUCACCAUGGUGAAGUGGGCCACCAGCACCAAGGUCGCCGUGAACUGGCUGAGCCGCGCACAGAACGUGUCCAUCCUCACCCUCUGCGAUGCCACCACGGGCGUCUGCACCAAGAAACACGAGGAUGAAAGCGAGGCCUGGCUGCACAGACAGAACGAAGAGCCGCUGUUCUCCGGGGACGGGCGCAAGUUCUUCUUCGUGAGAGCGAUCCCGCAGGGCGGGCAGGGCAAGUUCUACCACAUCGCCGUGUCGUCCUCUCAGCCCAACAGCAGCAACGACAACAUCCAGUCCAUCACCUCCGGGGACUGGGACGUGACCGCCAUCCUGUCCUACGAUGAGAAGCGCAAUAAGAUCUACUUCCUCAGCACGGAGGACCUGCCCCGGAGACGACAUCUCUACAGCGCCAGCACGGUGGGCCCCUUCAACAGGCAGUGCCUGUCCUGCGACCUGGUGGGCGACUGCACCUACUUCAGCGCCUCCUUCAGCCACAGCGCCGACUUCUUCCUGCUCAAGUGUGAAGGUCCUGGAGUCCCCAUGGUGACCGUGCACAACACCACCGACCAGAAAAAAAUGUUCGACCUGGAAACAAAUGAACACAUGCAGAAGGCCGUCAGUGACCGGCAGAUGCCCAAGGUGGAGUACAGGCAAAUCGAGAUGGACGAGUACCGCCUGCCCGUCCAGAUCCUGAAGCCGGCCACCUUCACCGAGACCACCCACUACCCCCUGCUCCUGGUGGUGGACGGCAGCCCGGGCAGCCAGAGCGUGGCGGAGAAGUUCGCGGUGAGCUGGCCGACGGCGCUGGUGAGCAGCCACGGAGCCGUGGUGCUGCGGUGUGACGGCAGGGGCAGCGGCUUCCAGGGCACCAGGCUCCUGCACGAGGUGCGGCGGCGGCUGGGCGUCCUGGAGGAGCGCGACCAGCUGGAGGCUGUGCGGAUGAUGCUGAAAGAGCCGUACAUCGAUAAAACACGCGUGGCCGUGUACGGGGAGGACUACGGGGGCUACCUGAGCACCCACAUCCUCCCUGCCAAGGGUGAAAACCAAGGCCAGAUCUUCACCUGUGGCGCUGCGCUCUCUCCGAUAACAGACUUCAAGCUCUACGCGUCUGCUUUUUCCGAGAGGUACCUGGGCCUCCACGGACUUGACAACAGAGCCUAUGAGAUGACCAAGGUGGGCCAUCGGGUGUCCGAGCUGGAAGGACAGCAGUUCCUGAUCAUUCACGCGACCGCCGAUGAAAAAAUCCACUUCCAGCACACGGCAGAGCUCAUCACCCAGCUCAUCAAGGGAAAGGCUAAUUACAGCCUGCAGAUCUACCCGGACGAAAGCCAUUACUUCCACAGCGCCCCCCUCAGGCAGCACCUGCACCGCACCAUCGUCAACUUCUUCGUGGAGUGCUUCAGGGUUCAGGACAAAGUGCCCCCAGCCACAGCCAAGGAGGAGGAGGAGGACUGAGCCCCGCCCCGGCCGCUCCUAGUGCAGCGUGGCUCUCCCUGGACCAGUGUGGGGCUGGGCACCCCGCCCCCCUCUCCUGCCCAGCCACCCACCCGCGCUGGGGCGGGGGGCGGGGGGCGUUCCCGAUCCCUAGCAUGUGUGUCUCGGGCCCUGAAGGCCGUUUUGCUUCAGAAACCAGCUCCUUCCCGGGUGGAGGUGCCUCAUCACUCCCACGGGCUUCCAGGAAGCCUGGGGCCAGGUCACAGCCUCCUGCUGGCCACAGAGCGACAGGUGCAUCCCGCAGCUGCCCCUCCCCUGCCCCCCACCAGAGGACGUUGGCCCAGAGCGUGAGCACUGCGCCGCCUACCGGUGGCGCUGCAUCCUGUCUGAUGUAACCACGCCAUGGAAACCACGAGAGCACAAUCCCUCUAUCAGCAUUUCCUAGGUUGGCUUGCUCCUUUCCGUGCUAGGACACUCCACAUUUUACGGGGCUGUACACCCAGUCUUACCGUAGCGACGCUAAUGGUUAACCUGAUGGAAUUAAUUUGUAUUUUUCUAUGGUUUUUACCUGAUGCU